CCAACACUCAAUUUGACCUUUUUUUCUCUUCUUCAUUUUCUCUAGCAAGGUUUUCCGCUCACCUCCAGAACACAGUCGACCUUGCUGAGUCUACAACUCUACAAGAGAGCAAGGUCAACAGCAACUUCGCCAUGACCCAGACACAGUGCGCUCACUCCUUGGCUUUCAUUUCCUGUGACCCCACUGUCGUUCCCAACCCUGACACUCCCUGCAAAAGAUGUCAGCAUCCAGGACCAAAAGGGAAUUGGUUUUGUUUGUCCUGUAAGGACAUCUUCUGUUGUACUAGUGUGAAUGGACAUUUUAUUCAGCAUUAUGAGAAGACAAAGCAUUGUCUUUGUGUCAACUGCAGCACAAAAUCAAUUUACUGUUGCUCCUGUAGUAAAACUCUAGAUGCGCAAGUGAUCCAACAAUUAUGGGUCAAGGGUCGAUCCACUUCAUCCAAGCUAGAGAGCAUUGAUGUAAUGAUUGUUGAUGUUAUUGAUCUCUUGUCUAAACCGUUUCCUAGCAUCAAUGUUCAUCCACAGUUGGAUGCUCAGUCAUUUGCAGGCCAGGAUGAACUUGCAUUGGCUAAGGAGGGACUGCAAAAGAUCUUUGAUAACGGGUUAAUAGCUGUAGCUGAUCCCAAAGUGCAAGAAAAGUUUCUCCUUUACUCAGCCACAUUGCUAUCAGCCGAGUCAUGCCCCUCAGAAUUGAAGGUUAACCUCUCAUCAUUCAGAUGCAAUCUUCCGGAGGAAACCUCUGCUUUCACCAAAGCUCAAGAUGAGUUGAAGGUGGCUUCAGACUUAUCAGCCUCAAUCACUCAGAAGAAGUUUGUAGUGCGGCAACAAACUUCAAAGUAUGAUGAGGUGAAGAAAGAAAUUGUUGCCUCGGACGAGAAAGUUUCUAACUUCAAGGCCAUGAUCAAAGAAUUGAAAGCACAAAUCAAAAGGUUGGAAGCUUGUUUAGCCACGGAAAAGAGCAACAGAGCAAAGAAUGAUGAGGCUAUUGAUUCCAUCGAGAAACAAGUCACCACUGCGAGAGAUGGGUUGGUCUCGGACUUGGCACAAGUGUCUUCCAUGGAAGGAUCGACCCAAGCAGCUAACGAGUUAGUAGCUCGAAAACAGUCGGACUGGGAUAACUUAAAGCUUAGUUUUACCAAGUUUGCAUGAUGCACUUGGCCUAAUUGAGCUGUCGUUUCUAUUCUUGUGGGAUAGCCACAAGUGUGUGCAUGAACUCCAUUUACUAAUCACUUAGAUUGUUUGGGUUUCGUGUAACUCCAUUUAUUAGUGUAUGUUCCAACUUUCAUCUCUUUCAAAGUUCAAUGCAACAAAAAAAAGUCUACAGAAUCUAA